AUGGCGAGGAAGGCAAACAACGCACACGCUGAAUCUUCAGGUGUCAACAAUGGAGUUCUUGAUCCUUCACUUGAUCCUUUGAGCCCAUACUUCGUUCAUCCAGGAGAUGGACCUUCUACGGUUUCUGUCACACCAAAGCUGAUGAGUUCAAAUUACCAGACAUGGAUGCGUUCGAUGCGAAGAGCAUUGAGCUCCAAGAACAAGUUUCGGUUCGUCGAUGGAAGAAUUCCAGUUCCAGAUGCGGAUCAACCUCUCUACUAUGCUUGGGACAGGUGCAACAAUCUAGUUCACACUUGGAUUAUGAAUUCUGUUACAUCUUCUAUUGCACAGAAUUUAGUUUACAUUGAAAAUGUCAUUGAUGUCUGGAAUGAGUUGAAGGAACGGUUUUCACAAGUAGAUUUGAUUAGAAUUUCAGAAUUGCAAAGUGAGAUUUACAAUUUGAGACAAGGUUCAUCCACAGUUACUGAUUUUUUCACUGAAUUGAAGACUUUAUGGGAAGAAAUCGAUGGUUUUAGACCAUUACCUAUAUGCAUCUGCAAUGCUAGAUGUCCAUGUCAGGGUCAUGCUAAGUCUUACAAGGAUCAAGAUUACAUAAUCAGAUUUUUGACAGGUCUUAAUGAAGAAUUUGCUACUGUUCGUUCACAAAUUCUACUCAUGAAACCUUUACCAACAUUGAAUGAAGUGUUUUCAAUGGUCAUACAACAAGAGAGGCAAUCUGCCUCAGGAAGUUCAAGUCAGAAUGUGAAUGAGUCAAGAUCCUUGGUUAAUGUUGUUGAUUCAAGAAAUGGUUAUGGUAGAGGUAGAGGUCAAGGAAAUCAGAACUAUAGUGGAAAUCAGAACUAUGGUGGAAGGAGUUCUACUCCUGCUGCUAACACAGGGAAUGGUAGAGGAUACUAUCAAGGCACCGGUAGAGGGAACAGAAUUUGUUCACACUGUCGGAGGAUAGGCCAUACUAUUGACACAUGCUAUAAGAUCUAUGGUCUUCCACCAUCUUUUAGAUCAAAUAAUUCUGGAUCUGUUAAUAAUUUUCAGUCAGAUGACAGUCAUCAUGGUGAUCGUGCUGUUUUAAAUGAAGAAAAUCAGUCUCUGCAAUCAGAUACAAAUCAUUUUUCUCAUGUUAAUGGGACUAGUUCCUCAUCUGUUUCUGCACCAUCAUUCACAGGUUUUACACCAGAACAAUGUCAGAAGCUUUUAAGCUUGAUUCAAGGAACUACUGAUAACCAAUCUGCAAGUUCUUCACAUGUCAAUCAGCUAAGGAUUCAAGAGAAUCCACAUCAUGUUAAUCAUUUUCAUGCUCAGCAUAAGUCUCAUGAUACCUCUCAUGUUACAGGGAAAGGUAGAACCAUAAUUCUAUCUUCUUAUACUACUUCUGCACAAGCUUGUAGCUCCUGGAUAUUAGAUUCAGGAGCCACUGAUCAUGUGUGCUCUUCAUUGGAUUUAUUUCACACAUAUUACAAGAUAAGUCCUAUUCAUGUCUAG